AUUCGAGUUGGUAUCGGUUUUUUGGAAUAAUUAAUUCGGUGUUUUUGUAUAUUAUUUGUUUUAUUAUGACGCUGACCUAACGUAAAUCUUGUUAUGGAUAGAAAGCAACGAAUGUUUUAUUAUUAAAUAAUCCUAUACAAAAAGUACCAAGUGCUUUAACAAACGCUAUGACGGAACAUUUGGAACUACAACACCUCGUUGAUAUGUCAACUGGAAGUGGAGAUGAGUCCAUACCGAACUUACUUGAAAACAAGAGACCACUUAUCAAAAGAUGCCCAUAUAUCGGGCUGAUUUUAGCGACAUUGUCGUCGCUGUUUUUUUCCUUAUGUUCGGUAAUAGUUAAGAGCUUGGUAAAUAUUGACCCAAUGCAGUUAGCAAUGUUUCGUUUUAUAGGAGUCUUUUUACCAACUGUUCCAGUAGUAAUUUACACUGAACAACCAAUAUUUCCUAAAGACAAACGUAUUUUGCUAGUCCUUCGUUCAAUAGUUGGUACCGUAGGUUUGAUGUUGAGUUUCUAUGCAUUUCGUAACAUGCCAUUGGCUGAUGCCUCAGUCAUAGUAUUUUCUGUUCCCGUUUUUGUUGCACUUUUUGCCAGGGUGUUUCUCAAGGAACCUUGUGGCAUAUGGAAUACUAUUUCUAUAGUUUUAACUCUAGUCGGGGUUAUUCUAAUUACCCACCCUCCAUUCUUAUUUGGCAACACUGCAAUAGAAAGCAACCAAAAUUAUAAUAACUUUAAGGGGGCUAUAGCAGCGUUUGUGUCAACAAUUUUUGGUGCAAAUGCAUAUGUGCUGUUGAGAGUUUUGAAGGGAUUGCAUUUUUCUGUGAUUAUGACCAACUUUGGUGCUAUUGCUAUUUUGCAAACAUUGAGCUAUUGUUUCAUUCUUGGUGUUUUGUGUAUGCCAAAUUGUGGCACAGAUAGGUUUUUGGUGGUGUGUUUGGCACUAUUUAGUUAUUUAGGGCAAAUACUUUUAACAAUGUCCUUACAAUUAGAGCAAGCCGGUCCUGUGGCUAUUGCUCGCUCUGCUGAUAUUGUUUUUGCAUUUUUAUGGCAAGUUAUGUUUUUCAAUGAAAUGCCGAACAAAUUCUCCAUUUUUGGUGCAGUUCUUGUAUUAAGUUCUGUUUUACUAGUGGGCUUACGCAAGUGGGCACUCGCUUUACCUGCAGAUUCACAAUUGAGAAAAAAAUUAGGUGCCCUUGCACAGUAAAUUUGAGAUCUAUGUAAAGAUCACAAUAAUGUUUAUUGUCCACAUAAUACAUGUUAUUGUACCUUAUUUGCUGUUAUUAUAAUAUUGCACUUGCAAGAUAAUUAAUUACUAAAAACAAAAUAACUUAGAGUGUUGAUUUGCUAUAAGAAUUUACUUCUUUUGUGGGUAUGUAUCAUGUUCUAUUUUUUAAGUGUACUUAACCAAUCCUCAAGUUGUGAUUUAAUUUAAGAUGUGAAAAAUAUCUUUGAGAAUUACUGUUCUUUUCAACAUUGAAAAGGAACACAAUAAUUAUUAUACUUACCUUCUAUCUAGCUAUAAAAUCCAAAGACUGUACAGCAUCUCAAGCUUGUGGUAUAAACUCCACUCAGGCUAAGUGGUGGUUGA